AUGGCUGCGCCACGUUUGCUCAAUCUCCCUCCAAUUUCUCCAGCACUCAAGUCCAUUACUCCGUUCCUUCAGCGGGCUGAGGAGCUAAGGACGAAGGAACCGAUCAUGGCCUAUUGGUGUUCAUAUCACGCCGCACAGGUUGGCAUAUCUCUGAAGGCAAAGGAUGCCGCUUCCCGGAACCUGCUAUUCGAAUUACUUGGUGUCCUCGAAACGAUGAAGAAGGAAAUAGGCCCCCACGAUGCUAUUGAUGUGGAAGCUGCAAGUGCCGCCUAUGUUGAGAAUUUCGGGCUGAAGAUUUUCGCCGUGGCGGACAAUGAGGAUAGGCGUGGAGCUGCCACAAGAUCCACGGCCAAGAAAUUCCUUGCUGCGUCCAACUUCUUGGAGGUGUUACGGGUAUUUCCCAAAACUGAAAUCCCGGACUCGAUUGAAGAGAAGAUCAAAUAUGCGAAAUGGAAAGCGGUGGACAUCACCAAGGCCUUCAAAGAAGGCCGUAAACCAACGCCUGGGCCCGCUGGUGCACCUGCCUCUCCAACGGAAGAUGAACCGCUGCUUAUGGUAGCACCACCGUCAACGUCGUCGACUUUGAGCGCAGAAGAGCCUCCACCCGCACCAGAUCAUCGUCAAGUUUCAUCUCCUCCCCAGUCGUCCCCUCCCUUGUCAGCCCGACGCGUCUCUCCGUCGCCUCCACGCAUGGACCCAGUCGACAUAGCUAAAGCUAAUCUCCCGCAUACACCGCUGAAGUCGAACUCUCUUCUGGGUGUAUUCGUCCCUCCUGGCGAAGGGGACACCACACCCGGGAGCUGGAGCACUGCGGCCACUCCGGGCAAUGAGGUCGUCCACUCCGGGCAGGAUUCUCCCUAUAGUGCUGGGUACAUCUCCCCGAAGGGCAGCCCACGCCAUAUAAAGCAAAGUUCUAUGAGCAGUGGUGAAGAUGACCUCUUACAUUCGCUUCGGUCACUCCCUCAAGCCGAUGCAAGUAAGAAAGCAGUGCAUUUCAUCUCUUCGGUUCCCGAUGAUAGCCCAAUAAGUACGCGCCAAAAUAUCUUGCACCGUGCAAACAUUCCUCCGAGCCUAGUUCCAGAUUCAGGUGUUGACCUCACUUUGGGGGCAACCACAAUCAGUCCAGUCAUUCCGCCGCCGCCGCCGCCAUUUCAGACACCGCCGGAUCCUGUGUCGCCUACUGUGUAUCGCCGUCGAGUUGAACACCAAUCUCCUCUCUCCUACCCGCCUAUGACUCUGCCUUCAGCGCAAUCCCAGACACACUACGUUCCGCGGUCAUCAGGAUCUCCAAUCCCUCCAGAUCCUGUAGUUCUCACCCCUUCUGUCAUAGCAAAAGCGCAGAAGCACUGCCGUUUCGCCAUCAGUGCGCUGGACUACGAAGAUGCCGCCCAAGCCCGCAAGGAACUGAGGACCGCCUUGGCGAUCCUAGGUGAUUCAUGA